AUGUUCGGCGCUGGCUCGUCGCAGAAUUCGCUUCUUUUGUCUUCACUGAUCAACGAUUCCCUUGCUCAGAUGACCCCCGCUGCGACAAGAGCAGCGGCAAUGCAAUCCAACUCAUCGGCGACAACCGUGUUCCCUGCCAAUCCAAUGUCGCCACCUUUUGCCGCAUCCGCACUGUUCCCUCUUCAAUCGGCGUUGUCGCUGAAUGCUGACAUUUUGAGGCUCAAUGGAGUUCAUUUGAACGACGAGGAAACAGAAUUGCGACAGAGUACAGAAAUCGACGAACAGGUCAGUCGUUGCAUCGGCACCGUGCAGACUCUCUUUUUGCAACGCGACAACUCCGCUUGCACUGUGCAAAUUGGUUCAUGUUCACUGCACAGUGCAGUCAUCAGCUCAUCGCCAAAGUUUGCAUUGCACUGUGCAAUUCGCUUCCUUUUGAUGUCUGAAAACGCACUGUGCAUUUCCUUCUGCAUCUUUCGAAAUCUUUUGCACAGUGCACUCUGCCUUUUGUUUUUGUCGCAAUUUCAUAACCAAUUUCGGCGAUUUCCCAAUUGGCACAGUGCGCUGAAUCAUUCAGGAGGAUGUUUUGAAACUGUCUGCACAGUGCAAGAAAAACAAGAAAAUUAGGCAAAAGUUUAUUGCACUGUGCAAAAAGACCUCUUUGUGAUUUUGCACAGUGCGGAAAAAAUUAAAAUUGAUUGCACAGUGCGGGAAAGAGAUUAGAGUGCAUAGUGCAUUUUUCUUAAUGUAAAUUUUAUUCAAGUGAAUUUGAAUACUUUCAGCCGUUGGAUUUGUCGACGAAAAAGACGCCCCGGUGCACUCCCGAGCCCUCUUCUUCGAACCGUGUGUCCGUGAUCAAAGGUAACCCCAAACAACCCCCUUAUCACCCUUUUAUUAUUCUUUAUAGCCCCCGGCGUUGGCGUCAAACGCUCCACUUCCUCCGUUUCUUAUCGCUCCGCUCCAGAAUCCGAUGUUUCCGAGCAUUUCCGCCGUUCUCUGAGCGGGAAAUGGCCCCGCCGAGUCCAAUAUUCCUACAGCGGAGGGGAUUCGGAGGGCCCCUCGAGAAGACCCUCGGCUUCCAGCACUCCCACGGCCAUCAGAUCGCCCAUUUUGAGUCGGAAACAGCGAUCGUCCAAGAUCAUAAUCAACGAGGGCGAAGUGGAUGACCAUUUCAGGAAGGCCCUGGGGGAGGAAGCCUUUAAUUUAUUCAAAUUAGGACAGACAAAACCGCGCUCCAAUUCGGCCAGAUGA